UCGGUGCGAGCGGGAUGGCGGCUGCUGGCGGCGCGGCCCCGGACAUGGACAUGGACAUGGACAUGGACAUGGACAUGGAGAUGGAGCCGGAGCCGCCGCGGCGCGGCCCGGCGGCGGAGGAGGAGGAGGAGGAGGAGGGCGAAGAGGAGGCGGCGGAGCUGUCGGCGGAGCUGUCGGCGCGGCGCAGCGCGGAGGCGCGGCGGCUGGUGCUGUCGCCGCGGCGCCUGUCGGGCCCGCUGCCCGCCGGGUUGUCGCAGUGGUUCCCAGCCCUGGAGGUGCUGGACGUGAGCGGGACGGGGCUGGCGGAGCUGGGCGCGGAGCUGCUGGCCCUGCCGCGCCUCCACACGCUCCUGGCCAAGAACAACCGGCUGGGCGGGCCCGGCUCGCUGCCCAAGGGGCUGGGGCAGGCCCCGCUCGGGCGCUCCCUCCGCGUCCUCAACCUCAGCGGGAACCGCUUCGCCGAGGUGCCGCCCGCCCUGCUGGGGCUCCGCGGGCUGCAGAGCCUCAGCCUCGGCGGCAACCGCCUCCACGGCAUCCCGCCCGACAUCCAGGAGCUCCGCAGUUUAGAGUUUCUAUACCUUGGAGGGAAUUUCAUUACUUCAAUUCCACCUGAAUUAGCAAACCUGCCUUCUCUAAGCUAUCUAGUUUUGUGUGACAACAAGAUCCAGAGCAUUCCACCUCAGCUGGCACAGCUGCCUUCCCUGCGUUCCCUUAGCCUGCACAAUAACCUGCUGACUUACCUUCCUCGAGAGAUCCUUAACCUGGUUCACCUGGAAGAGCUGAGCUUGCGUGGGAACCCACUGGUGGUUCGGUUUGUCCGUGACCUGACCUACAAUCCCCCAAGCCUCCAGGAACUGGCUGGACGCACAGUUAAAACUCGCAAUGUUCCCUACGCUCCCAGCGAUCUCCCGGAGAAUCUUGUCCGCUAUCUGAGCUUGGCCAGCAACUGUCCCAAUCCUAAAUGCGGGGGUGUCUACUUUGACAGCUGCGUCAGACAAAUCAAGUUCGUCGACUUCUGCGGGAAGUAUCGCCUCCCGCUGAUGCACUACCUGUGCUCCCCGGAGUGCUCCUCUCCCUGCAGCUCUGCCUCCCAGAGCUCGACUUCCCAGAGCGAGUCUGACUCGGAGGACGAAGCCAGCGUCGCUGCGCGCAGGAUGCAGAAAGUCCUUCUGGGAUAGCGGGGGCGAGCGGGGAAGACCAGAAGGAAAACGUGUUUGGAAAGCAUUAAUGGAACAGCAAAGCGGGAGCCUCUUGGCCCGAAGGGCUCUCAAGAAACUGUCCUCAAGUCCAUGUAAGGGGCAGAACAUCUUAGCAAGCCUGGACUUGCUCGGGGCAGUGCUAUUUCGGGGAACUCCCUCGGUGGCACACUGCCUGUAGGGUGCCUGGGAUUGUUAGAAACAUCUCCUGUCUGGGAGACACCCCCCCUCCCUCGUACGGGCUGGGGAGGGGGAUCUGUUCUCACUGGCGGAUUGAGAAGGAUUUUAAUAUAUGACACUUACUGGGCUUCAGUCAUCCUUCAGAGCAAAGGAGACUGCCCAGAUCUUUUAACACUGUGGUAAAUCAGAAACAGGCUAAUGAUGCCAUGUGAGUAUGUGUGGACCCCAAUGUUUUAUAUAGCGUUUUGAUUCCUUGCUGUCUCCUUUGAUUUCAGUUAGAUUUUACACCCAUCCACUAAAAAUGGGAGUUGGAUUCUUCUUUUUUUUUGUUCAGGAGUAGAUUUUUUUCAAACUCUGGUUACUCUUCCUUUGCCUAGAGGCGUAGGGUCUCUUGUGCUGUUACAGAUGUUACAGGCAUCAUAGAACUGAGCCACGUUUUUUUCUCCCUUGUUAUACUAAGCUGCUCUUAGCGUUUCCUCCUAACUGUAUUCAUUAUUUUUUCCUCCCGCUGCCUCUUCCCAUUACACCUGGAGUGUUGCUGCCUUUAUGGUGCCUUCAGAAAACAGACAAGUUGUUCUAUUGAGACUUGGUAUUACUUCAGACUUGCAGCCGUACAUGCCGGUGCAAGGGACCAGAUGUGAUGCUCUGUAUCAUGUUUUUGAGCCUUAGCUUCCUGGAGCAAAUCUGCUUUUAUAUCUGUGAAUUGCAGGAAGGGUCUUGAUUGACAUUUCUUGUUUCUAAACAACCAUGUCCCCCUGCUGCAGCCAGCUCUGCUAUGCUUGGUACAGAGUUACUUUCCAUAUUUAAGGUCAUCUGCUUAAAGUAGGCAGCAGCUUAAUGAAUUAGAAGUGCUGAGAGAAGUGCUGUGGAGAAUGGCCUUUUUUUCUUAUUCAUAACAUGAGAGGAAAAGCCGGUAGGGAGGCUAAGGCGCAAGAAUCUUGCAUGAGGUGGUUUUGAAACCUCUUCCUUAUUUAUUUGUUUGCAUUUGCUCUUGUUCUAAGAGGUUUGGCAGUCUGUUAGAUUGUUCAAAUAACACAUUCGGUUAUCUUAAACUAUGUUUAAAGGAAAGCUGCAGAAAAUAGCUCAGAAUUUUUAAGUAUCAAGAAAUAGCUUAUGAAAAUUAAUAUUAUGUAUUGACAGGGAUCCAUAAAUCUUCUUUAUGGGGCUGUUGUGUGUUUUUCUCAGUGAGAACUGCCCCCUUAUUAAUAUUUCAUGACAGACAGUCCUUUUGAUGCAGUUUCAGAUAGAGAAAAUCCAACUGGGCCUUUGAAUGCCUGAGCAGAGCAAAUACAUUGUGUGAAUGUAACACAUUCAUGUAAAUGAACAAGAAAAUCUUUUCUUAACCAACUUUGGUCCUUGGGAGAAGAUUAAAAAUCCAUGCUCCUCUCCUGCAUUCAGAAAACGCAUGUACCUAUUUGAAUAUCUUAUGGCAGCUCUGUGUUAGCGGUCCUGUUUAAUUAUAUUUGACACUUUAUAUAUAAAAGCACUUUGAUAAUUCUACUCUUUGUAACUAGCUUUAGUGAUUUUUUUUUUUUUUUUCAAUUAGACUACAAUUUUUCCUUUCAUGUGACCUGAAGAACAAGGUCUGUGAAACUUUGUGUGUUCCAGUCUGUCUUGGUGUGCAGGUUAAACUUCUCGCCUUGCAUUUCCUUGACAGCACUGCUCAUUUCCCCAUUUUCCUUUAGAGAGAACUGGAAUUUGAAAGAAAUGGUCUGGUUGUAAAAUAGCAUCCCAUCCAUUAUUAAUCACUGCAACUUAGUCUGAAGAUUCCCCACACACACAGAUCCACAAGGAGCUAAAUUGCACAUGCUCUGUGCCUUUCCAAAUAAUUUUUAUUAAGUAUAUUUUUAAGACACAAUAAGGCAUAUGUGCAAAGCAACUGGAUGUCACUUUAGCAAAUUCUGUGAGGUUUGCUUGGGAAGAAGAACCUACAGAUUUUGAGAGAAACAGACUGCAUGCUGCUAGUUAAAUUGGGAUCAGUGAGUGGCCUGUGUUUUGUUCUUCAUCUCCUCUUUCAGAUGCUUGUUCCUGUCCCAAGUGAAUAUCGCCAUACCAGUGCUGAAGGACAGUAAAAUGAUUGCAGAGCCACAAUUUUAAAUUGGCUGCUAGUAUAAGAGCAGUGAGCAACCAGGUGAUCUAGACCUUGGCUCUUCUGCCAGUGAAAGUGAGCCACACGAGUAGAGAUCUCAAAACCUUUUGAGCUCAGGGCCAUGAGGUAUACCACCUUCCUUUCUUCUCAUUAGCAGCAGCUGUCUUGGCUGUGCAUUUUUCCACUUCACAAGGUUAGAUUUCACCACGGUUCCCGUUCGCACAGUAGCACCUCUGUGUGUGACGGGUUAAAACCAGUGGUGGCCGGUUCUAAUUUAGCUUGAUCCUUAAUUGCAUUUUCUUUCCUAACUGAACAGGCAUCCCAUUUCUGCCCCAAUUCUAAUAGGGCUAAUCUUUUUUCACAGCUUCUUCACUGUAGCCAGGUCAAAACUUGACAGCUUAUGCAGUUGAUAUCUAUGCAUUUUUAGACUUUAUAAAAUGUCUUGUCUCUUAAAAAUUUAUACGUAUUCCUGAAUAGGGCUACCAAGUUUUCUUUUUGCUGCUGGGCUUUAAAGUGCAAUUCAACUAAGACUUUAAAACAAUCACAGACCUGUAAGAAAAACAAAUGGUUGGUUGAUUGGUUAGUUGUUUUUGGGUUUUUUUUGUUUUUUUUUUCUUUUUUCCCCUCAAAAGUGGAUUUGAGAGGACUAGACAUGCAGGUUUGUACUGUAGUGCUUAAUGUACUGAGCCCCCAGGAGUUAAGUUUUUCAGCAAUUAUUUGCCCCCAAAGACUGGAAAAUGUACUGGGGGCAACAAAAUAGGUAAGACACAAGUUGAACAUACAGUGAUGAAUGAUGGGGACUCGUUCCUACUAUCCCCUUCUCAGGGGCCCUGAGAAGUAGAGGGUGGCUUUGCCAUCAUUGUAUCUCUUUUUUGUGAGUUUUAAGUAGUGGAUUUCAGUUCCUACAGAUGUGUCUCCGAGUGAAGUCUUCAGACAGUGUUUUGGUAUCAGUGCCCUUGUCGCUGCAGCAGCCCAGCACGUCCAGCUUUUGAAACUGCUCUUAAGCCGAGACGCGAGUGUGUGAAGCAAAGUUGCUCGUUCCCUCUUCCCCGCGGGGCCCGGGGCCGUGCCUGCAUUCCUCCUCUGCCCGGCCAUCUCUCUGCCAAGGGGAGCUGCUGGUGCGUUUCUGAAUGCAGGUACUUAAUGUGAACAGUGGGGUCAUGUUAAAAAGAAGCAAAAUAUCAAUUUGACUGGAAGCAACUUAUACAGUUGCCAAUUCUUUUAUGUUUCUCUUUCUUUUAAUAAGAGGUGAGACUUGAGGAAGUCAGUAAUGAAUAUUUAAACAUACUCUGAAGUGGCCAGAUGCAGUUUUUCAUGGGCUUCUGUCCUGGUCAUUUUAAGUCUUUGAAAUCUUGUGUUGAAUUAUAAUGGGAGUGGGGGGGAGGGAGGGGAGAACCAGCUCCUUUUUGUUCCUUCUUAUUCUUGGCAAUAAUGAAUGGAAGGAAUUUAAUCCAGUGAAAGUAAUGAAACUUAAUCCUUGCAAUGUGUCUUUGUUACCCAGUUCAAAGAACUAUUUUAAUGCAUCUUAUUCACACCAUGCUCUCCCUCCCUUCUCUACUUGAAGAUACUUCAAGUAGACUACUUCAGAAUGCACACUAAUACAGCAGUAACUCUAUCUUGGAAACCUUUCUAUUGAUUAUUUCAUUUGCCUGCCUGACUAGAGGAUUGAUCUUUUACUGACCUGAACAUUAAGGGUAGAAAGGGUUCUCAUCCAGCCCUCUUGUUGAAUUUUUAUCAUGAGCAUUUGUUUUAGGAAGACUUAAAGUGCCUUAUGUUUUUAAAAGUGUAUUUUGCUAGAAAUGUAUGAAAGUAGACUAUCUCUAACAGUAUUUCAUUAUGAGCUGUAAAACAAAUUGCAAACACUAAACCAAAAAUGUUAUUUCUACAGUUGUUUGUCCAUUAUUUGCCGGCAUCUUGAUUCUGGGGUUGCUGCAGGCAGAACCCUGGCAGAAUUGUAAACAUUAAGAAUGGGGCUAUACAUGGUCAGAUGAGAUUUGACCUGUGCUAUGUAAAACCAAGAGUAGGUGAGAAUUCCAAAGGGACUGCUGAAAAUCUUGGCUUUUGGGGCCCACUUGGGACAGCCCAGUGUGUGUUACAGACCGAACCCAGCUUUACUUCUGGUAUAGUGUUGCAGAAAUUUGCUCCACAGUUUCAAAGGUGGAAGUAACUCACGGGCAAGAUAAAUGUACAAAGAAGAGAACAUGGUGUCAUGGUGGAGAUUUCCAGCAAUAUGAAACAACAGUUCUAAACUUCUUGAAUUGUUUCCCUCUUAAUAUGCUAACCCUGAAACCUGUAAAUGACUUUUUGAAUGUUAAUUUUCUGAUCAUGUUAACUGGCUAAUGUGUUCCCAUUUCUUGAGUAAUCCCAUGUUUUCUCCUACAUCCUGAAAAGUGUUUGUGAUCUAUUGCCAAAAUGUUUUAGAUCCUACCGUGCAAUUACUAGUUGUCAGUGCAGAAAUGUGCUGUAUUGGAAAGUGGGACAGUGGGAAGCAACAAUUACUCAAUAUUUGCUUCAGCAGGAACUAUUUCAGAGAUGGUUCAACUUCAUGUAUAAUGAAAAACCUUUCAAAUCAUGCAACAACUCCGUUUCAAAUAACAUAAAGUAUUGAGGAAUGCAGUGACUUUGCCUAUAAUAACCAGGCUGAGACUAUUAUUCUUUGUUAACUAAUUUAGAGAUAUCCUUUUCUGUGCCUUCUUAAUACCUUUCUUUGGAAACAAAAUCACAGAAAUGGUGGUUUAAAGAAA